AUGUGCACACUAACUUGUAUUGCCAUCUCGCUCAUCAUUGCUGCUACUAUUUACUACUUGAGAUUUGUACGUACCAAGCCAAAGCUCGAUAUUCCAUCUCGUGAUCGUGUGGUGGUUGUGUCAGGAGCUGCCGGAGGUUUUGGAACUGCAAUUUGCAGGGAUUUGCUCUCUCGAUUCAAUGCACGUGUGAUUGGAUUGGAUAUUUCAAAGGAAGUGAUGGAAAAGGUUUAUAGUGAAGAAUUGAAACAAUAUGGAAGUGAAAGAUUGUCAUUUAUCGAAUGCAAUAUUUGCAAAUUGGAAGAGUGUGAAAAAGCUAGUGAAAGAAUUGCACAAAUUUUGAAGGAAUGGAAAACUGAUAGAGUUUUUGCAUUGGUCAAUAAUGCAGGUGUUUCAAAUUCUCCAAAAUGUACUGAAAGAAUGGGUAUUGUUGAAUAUCCAGAGGAUGAAUUGUUGGAUGUUUUUGGAUCAAAUCUAUUUGGUCACGUGAGAAUGACUCGUUUGUUGUAUCCACUCAUGAAGGACGGUCAAGAUGGCCAUAAUGGUGCCAUUAUCAACGUUGCUUCAGUUGCUGGUUUGUUAGCUUUGGGUUUCUUUGGUUUUUACACAAGUUCCAAAUUUGCCAUGGUUGGCUUUACCGAUUCAUUGAGAAGAGAAAUGAAAUCUCUUGGAAAGAAGGGAUUGAGAGUUACUUGUAUUGAGCCAGGAUUUUCCAAGACUGCCAUUUUGAAUCUGAAACCUCAAGCAGAUACUGAAUUUGGAAGAAUUGGUGUUAUUAGGGAAAAGAAAUCUGCUGCCAUUCUCAGAAAUGCUCAACCACCAAAGGUUAUUGGCGAUGCUAUUUGUGAACAAAUCUUCUCAAGCAAUAAUCUUCCACAUUUAAUAAUUGAUUAUUGGUACAUGAGAUUGGUCUACUUGUUCUUGUAUUAUACUGGACUUGAUUUGUAAAUUUUAAUUUAAAAACUAAUUUAUUG